AGUCGGUGCUAUGGUCAGGGCCAUCUUGGCUGGUGCUCUCCGGACUGUGAUAAAUACAUUAUAACCCGCAAACGGCUCGCAUUAAAGCAUCAGUUUCACGGCUACCGGUGCUGAAUUAAAGAAGCUGCUGUACUUGCUUUAUUAACACAUCUUUCUUUCCUUAAAAAUCAAAUAGUCGCCCGGAAACCAGAGGAAUAAUAACUACAUUGUAAUACAACAUGGAUGAGGAAUACGAUGUGAUCGUCCUGGGAACCGGACUCACAGAAUGCAUUCUCUCUGGGAUCAUGUCAGUCAAUGGAAAGAAAGUUUUGCACAUGGACCGGAACCCAUAUUAUGGAGGUGAAAGUUCCUCCAUCACCCCUCUGGAGGAGCUUUAUAAGCGGUUUGAUAUUCAGGACGGCCCUCCAGAGUCAAUGGGCCGGGGAAGAGACUGGAAUGUCGACCUCAUCCCGAAAUUUCUCAUGGCUAAUGGGCAGUUAGUGAAGAUGCUCUUGUACACUGAGGUGACCAGAUACUUGGACUUCAAAGUGGUGGAAGGAAGCUUUGUAUAUAAAGGAGGAAAGAUCUACAAAGUUCCCUCGACAGAGACCGAAGCUUUGGCAUCCAAUCUGAUGGGAAUGUUCGAGAAGAGACGCUUCCGGAAAUUCCUAGUCUUUGUGGCCAACUUCGAUGAAAACGACCCGAAGACUUUUGAGGGCGUCGAUCCCAAGCAGACCACAAUGGGAGAGGUGUAUAAGAAGUUCGACUUGGGCCAGGACGUUGUUGAUUUCACCGGACAUGCCUUGGCCCUUUACAGAACAGACGAUUACCUUGAGCAGCCAUGCCUGGAGACCAUCAAUCGUAUCAAGCUGUAUAGCGAAUCUCUGGCCCGCUAUGGGAAGAGCCCUUACCUGUAUCCAUUGUACGGCUUGGGCGAACUGCCUCAAGGCUUUGCCAGGCUAAGUGCUAUUUAUGGAGGGACCUACAUGCUUAACAAGCCUGUGGACGAGAUUGUCAUGGAGGGCGGCCAUGUUAUCGGAGUAAAAUCUGAAGGAGAGAUCGCACGAUGCAAGCAGCUGAUCUGCGACCCCAGUUACAUCCCUGAUCGUGUGCGCAAAGCAGGCCAAGUGAUUCGGGUCAUUUGCGUCCUCAGCCACCCCAUAAAGAACACCAACGAUUCCAACUCGUGUCAGAUCAUCAUCCCGCAGAAUCAAGUGAAUCGCAAGUCAGAUAUCUACGUGUGUAUGAUCUCUUAUGCCCAUAACGUGGCGGCCCAGGGCAAGUACAUUGCCAUUGUGAGCACCACUGUGGAAACGGCCGAGCCUGAAGCUGAAAUCGAGCCUGCACUCGAGCUGCUGGAGCCCAUUGACCAAAAGUUUGUGGCUAUCAGUGACAUGUACGAGCCGACAGAUGACGGGUCAGAUAGCCAGAUCUUCGCGUCGCGGUCCUACGAUGCCACCACCCACUUCGAGACGACCUGCAACGACAUCAAGGACAUCUACAAGCGCAUGACCGGCAGCGACUUCGACUUCGAGAACAUGAAGCGCAAACAGAACGACGUCUUCGGAGAGGAAGAGCAGUGAGGGAGUCGAGACGAGAUGGGUGGCUGGAGUAGGCAGUAGAUCAGGACAGCUGUGAAUGGGACAGAUGUGAGGGGUUUGGUUUGAUUACUAGAUGAAUAGUAGAUGGUAUCAGACAAGAAGGAUUGAAGCAAUGAAACCAGGCUGCGGGUGUAUCUCAGCUGUCCUAGAUUUUCCUUGCUCCUUGCUUCCUCUUCACUCUCAGCUCCUAUUAUUGUUUUUCUUUUCCCUCCUCCAAAUUCUGUACAUUUUAGCACACAGGCACAACGCUCUCUCACGCUCACGUUGCCCCGGCUCAUCCUUUACAAAGCAGUCGUACGUUUUUCCGUGAAUGUCAUUUUCCGAGCUAAUAUCUUGCGAAACAUAUCCAAGCCUUAUUUAUUUGGUAGUGGUUCUUAAUUUAUGAAUGAUGCCUUUCAGAGCAGCCCUUGUGUCUUUACAAGCUCCAUUAACACUAGCAACAAGAAGAUAUCGAGUGAAAUAGAAAACUAGAAACUAUUUAAAAAAAAACUCCCGGACCAGGAUUGUUAAACAAACGCACCACGAGAAUCACUUUUAGACUACCGCUAACGUGUGCGUUAUUGACGAGUACUACAAAGCUAAUGAUUUUGCACCUAACACAUAACACAUGUAUUAUCAGUACCCUUGCAUGCAUCUUUCAUUCAGCACCGUUUUCCGAUCGACGCUGCUUUGAACACAAAGCCUCCACAGACACGCUCGGCUUAUUUAACCCGCUGGAUUAGGAUGCGUAUACGAGUCCGCAUAUGCAGUACGGAACUGGGAGUUUAAAAGCCAUUUAAAGUAACGUUUCCGUUUGCCUGCGUCAAACCCCACAUUCAGGAUCCACACCAGGAACAGUUUGUAUAGGAAUCGUGGUAAUGUGAAUCUUUAGCUUUGACUACUAUUGUGCCCCCUCGUGAUUUUCACACCUGUAUAUCUUCUAGGUGUUCUGGUUUGUUAAACUAGGCUGGACCCUGGUCUAUGAACUUGGAGUUGUGUGUUCUCUUCUUCCCCUCGUAUCCUUCUGAUCAUGCUGGAGCGGUUCCUCGUGUCAUUCCUCCGCUUCUCCAGCCAUAUCAAUGAUUUCUGCUUAAACCUCAAACACUAUUUUCGAGACUUAACAUUCAUUUGUUGAAUUACACACAGAAUUCCAGAUUUUUUCCUGUGUAAUGACCAACACUUUCCUUCUUUUUUUUUGUUGUUGUUGUUCUCAAAAAGUGCUCUUUCUUUAUCUUUAUUUUUUUGGGUUUGUGUGUUUAUUUUGCAUUCCCACUUUGGUGGACAUCUCUUUUUGAAUACUAUGCUACUAUAAGCACACACAGUGGUUCCACUUCAUCUUCUUUCCUCCAUGUGUCUUACUUACUGACCAACAACAAAAAAAAAAAUGUAACACUGGAAACUGGAUCAAAUAGCAUUAAUCUUAUUGGUGAACGUAGCUCUUAUUGAAAUGACCUACUGUCUUUUGUUUUCGUUGAACUCGAGUAGCUGUUUCGAUAUUAUUUUGCACUUUAUUUAUUUUCCUGUAUGUGUGUCAUGCAACUAAAAACUUAACACUGGCAUAUGGACGUGAAACAGUUGAUGACUAAAAUGUGACUUUAUCACAAGUGUUUGAGCAGUCUUGUGCAAUGAAUGAAAAAAAAAAUAAAAAAUCAAAUGUGAAUAAAAUGCUGAAAAUACA